CGACGGAUUGACACAAAGUGGCAUAAGGGAGAGGCAAGCCAGUGUCGGCUUCAGAGGCGCACACACACACACACACACACAUACACACACACAGAGAGAGAGAGAGAGAGAGAGAGAGAGAUGGCGACGGAGAAGGCACGAGCGGGAGCAGAAGAGAUGAAGGAGGCCGGGCGGGAAGGAUACGAGGAAGGAAAGAGGUCUGCGCAGGAGAAGUACGAUCACGCGAAGGGGACUGUCGGCGCCAAGACGGAGGAAUCCAAACAGGCUAUGGAGGAACAGAAGCAGCGAGCGGCAGAAUCGAUGCAGGAGCAGCAGGAGAAAGCCGCAGGCGCCAUGCAAAGCCUGAAAGAGAAGGCAGGCGCAGCUAUGGAGGGUCUGAAGGAGAAGGUCGGGAUGGGAGGAGGAGGGGCAGGGCAGUGAGGAGGGAAGUAGAAGCGUUGGCUUCUUCGAGCUUUGGUGCAGGAGAUGGGAGAACGUCAUCGUCGUGGCUUGCAUCCAGUAUUCGCCGCUUUUAUCUACGUUUAAUGAACUUGGGGCGUGAUGGAGGUCACAUGCAGAUCAGCGUGGGCUGGAGGGCGGACUCAACGGGUGAAUCUGACCUGGAAACAGAUUCCAUACAGAUGUUACGCGUUGAUCUAUUGGAGCCUCCCGAUCUUCGUUGAUUGCAAUGAGUCAUCCACUUUAAUGAACUUGGUCGCAAUGGAGGUCAGAUGCAGAUGAAGAUGGGUUGGAGGGGGAUGUCAUCGUGUCUCAGGUUAGAUGCAGAUUAGCAUGGGGUAGAGGGGUGUAAUUGUGUCUGAAUGUGGCCUGGUAAACCGUCGAGGUACUGCUGACGUAGCGCAUCACGCAGGGAUCUACGGGCCUCUUUCCACUACUCACCACGUACAACGGCCGAAAAUAAGGGAAGUUUAUCUGCCCAUGUUCUAGCGAAGGAUUCAUUCUGAUUUUGCAGAUGUUGAGUGGUGGGGCGACGUCCUGUAUAGCAUUUUUUACUUCAAAUGAAACUCGGUCAGUUGUCGUGAUCUGACGCGUUGACGGUCACCGACCAUCAGUCAGUAAUAAUAUAGCCGUCUGGGAAUGGUUGAGGGGUGUUGUAUUCGAAUUGUGAGGUUCUCCGAUUGGUUCUAUUCCAAUUAUGCUCCUGACGGAGGGGUUGUUCUAUUUGAGUUCAAAGUGCACCUGAGCAGCAUCGAGGAAGUAUGUUAACCGGACACUACGGGCCCACCUCUACCCGACGAUGCCUAUCGUGUUCACCCGAAUAGGAUGCGGGGUCAUGAUGGCUGCAUCUGGACUCCAGUAGCUGCAAAUACAGACAAUUAUACGGACCGCGCGUUCUAUUCGCGCGAAGAGGAUAGGCGCGGAUCUCGAAGAGGAUAGGGUGGAUGUAAAUGUGAUGCUUAUCAGGGAGCUGAGGGAGGUGGGGUAGUGAAGGGGUGUGAUGAGGUGAUGACGAGAUUGCGCGAGACAAGAAAUGAACGUGUAAGGGGGGAUGAUGAUGUGAUCGGUGGAAACCAUUUCGGGAUAAUCGGUGGAAGGCGCCCAAACCGAAAAGGUUUUGGCGUGGGCUCGUUCUACCAAUUAUCCCAACCAUUUUGAAUUGCACCGUAUUCAUGUGUCUCUAAUCUCAUUCUCCCAUUUGGAGUCCUUGUCACAGGCCCACUCUCCUUUUGGAAUUGUUGUUGAAGUUUAAUUGAUGAGAACAGAUACUACACUUGAUCUAUUUUUAGCCAAAAGGCCGAGAAGGUAUUUGACGGCCAUUCCCAGCGUGGAGAAUUAGAGGAUGUGAUUGUGUCUCUCAUUUCUUUCUCGUUCAUCGAGGAGGACACAAAGAAAAUGUGAAAAUUGUAGUGAGGGAGGGAUAAAGAGGUGGAGGUGGA